GCUGCUCAAUUGGGUCUUAGCAGCAGAUCAUAGGACAUUUCCAAAUCGCAACACAACUCGGUAAUCUACGAGCCGCCAACGAAGCCUGCAUUGCUUUAUUUGUUGUCAAAGGGUCCGCACAGAUCUCAAUUCUUUGAUACGGGACGAACUUGAUUCUAUAGGACUUUCAAAGCGGCGACCGCCACCGCCCAAGAUGGAUUCCGCGACAGGAACCCAGCAAAUCAGGGUCAACUUCACCACGACACUGCCCGAACUUCAACUCCCAGACGGCAAGAGCCAAUUGCUCGUACCGGGUGACAUCAAGCGUUAUGGCCUUUCCCGCGUUCUGAACUCCGAGUCCAUGCUCAACACAGAAUCCCCUGUCCCUCUCGAUUUCCUCAUCAACGGCACCUACUUGCGCACACCUCUCGAGGACUAUCUGAAGGAGAACGGCUUGUCGUCUGAAACUACCGUCACGCUUCAGUAUGUCAAGAGUUUGAUCCCGCCUAUGUACCAGGCGAGCUUUGAACACGACGAUUGGGUCACUGGUAUCGAUGUCCUGUCGGCGACCUCGCGAGCUGGUGUGUGGACAGGCGAUGCCCUGCGACAGGGACAAAAUCGGAUUGUUUCGGCUUCAUACGAUGGUCUCCUGAGGAUAUGGAACAGUUCUGGGCAGGUUAUUGCGACCUCGCCAUCCGCUAGCAAUGGUGGUCACAGCGCAGCGAUCAAGGCCGCCAAGUUUUUGAGCUCUUCUCAGAUUGCCUCUGGUGGAAUGGAUCGCACAGUGCGCGUUUGGAAAUACGCCGAGACCGACGAAUUCACUGGCGAUGUCAAGCCCACUCUUGAGCUUUUUGGUCAUCAGGCAUCGGUUGAACAUUUGGAUGUGCAUGCUCCGACCAAGCGCAUACUCAGUGCAUCCAAGGACGGAGCCGUCGGCUUGUGGUCGACAUCCAAGUCCGCUGCACCAGAAGCACUUGCCAGCCUUCUCCCAGGUGCCGGUACCAACGUUGCCAAGAAGAGGAAAAUUGCUGCCGCAGCACCACAAAGAGGCCCUCUGGCCAUGAUGCAGAUCCACAACUCUCCGGUAUCUGGUGUUAUCUUCCACCCUGAUGACUCGACUGUGGCAUACUCGGCAUCCGAAGACCAUACCAUCAAGACAAUCGAUCUCACCACACAUUCCGUAGUUAGCACACUCACGACUGCGCAUCCCUUGUUAUCAUUGGCCUCCCUCCCUGGCAUCAGCACAUCUCUGUUGGCGGCAGGAACAUCAGCAAGGCAUAUCACCUUGGUAGACCCCCGAGCUUCGGCGGCUACAACCUCAGUGAUGACUCUUCGUGGCCACCGAAACUUUGUCACAUCUAUCUGUGCUUCUCCCAACGACAACUACUCCCUCGUUUCUGGAUCUCACGAUGGUACAUGCAGAAUAUGGGAUCUACGAAGCAUGCGCACGGGCACCAAGGCGGAAGGAGGUGGCAGUGUCAGCGAAGCCGUCUAUGUCAUUGAGCGUGAGAGUCAGAAGAGCAAGAAGAAGAAGAGCGAUGUGCCAGGCGCUGGCUGCAAGGUUUUCGGUGCCGUGUGGGACAAGCACUUUGGCAUUGUAAGUGGAGGCGAAGAUAAACAGGUGCAGAUAAAUAGGGGUAACGAUCUAUUGCUCGGAAAGGAGUAGACAGAAGCCAAGAAAUGUUGCCCACUGUUAGAUUGAUACCCCAGAUAAUGGAUAGACAAAAGCUGGCGUUCA